GGGUAUCAGAUUGAGAAAAAGAAGGGAACAAACAAAGAAGGGAGAGGAGCGCAAGAGAGGCGAGAGAAAAAGCUUAGGAGAAAUCCCCGAUUGGAGAUCUCUCUCCGGCGAAGAAGGCGACCGGAGAUCUGACCAUCGGAAGCUCUCUACCUCUUCUAGGCUUCCUUCAUACACUGGAUCUGCCGGAGAACUCUUGAAUCGUAGUUUUUUUUUUCCGGCAACAAUCUGAUCGGAGCGGUGCUUGGUAGACGGGCGAUGUGUUUCUGAUCCGGUGUAUGAGAGAGAUCGGGAGAAUAUGGAGAGGAACCGGGAGGCUAGGAGAGGUUCCAUGCCGGUCAUGAACGGCGGUCUCCCCAGACGGAGGCAAAGGAGUAGCAGCUUGAGAGAUUCUCCUGAGGAGGAUGGGGCGAUAGACAUGCAGGAGACCGGGAGGUUGCGGGAAAGAGCGAGCAAGAAAGAACGGGACCGAGAAAGGUUGAGCCGGAACAAGAGGAGAAGAGGGGAUCGGAUGAUGCACGGCAGUAAUCGGGAGGAAGGAGCGGACACCUCUGACGGGAGCCUUGACGAGGACGAUGAUGAAGAGGAAGAGGAGGCUCCGAACGUCAGGCUUCCUCCGUCAGCUCCCUCGAUGCCGGCUUCCUCUUCUUCGCUCCCACCGAGCAACCACCUCAGGAAGAGCUUUCCAGCAAAAGUUGUGCGCGCGCCGGCGGUCUGGAAGGCCGAUGAAAUGAUCGGCGUUCCGAUUCCCAGGAAAGCUCGCUCAGGGACCGCGAAAAGAUCACAUGACUGCUGGGCUUCUGGUGGAGGCAGCGGCGGAGGAGCAAGUGGAGAAGCGAGUCACCGGCAGCCGCCGCCGACCUCACCAGCGAGGCCACCGCAUCCGUCGUCGGGUCCGAUGUCUCCGUCGUCAUCAAAUGCAUCUGUUCGGAAGAAGAUUAAGCCGAUCAGUGGGAGCAAGCCGCAAAGACCGCCGAAAACGGCGAAAUCGUCAUCGAUCCAGGAUCUCGAGAUCGAGGUUGCAGAAGUUCUGUUUGGGAUGAACCGGCAACCGCAACCGAAAUCCGAAGGUCAUAAGCUUGAUUCCAAGGAGGCUAACGGGUCUGGUAACGAUGCCAAGUCAAGGGUCUCAUCGCCGAUCUCAAACUCUCAGGCUACUGGAUCCUCUCAGGCACCAGCUCCGACGUUGCCGAAUUCGAGCUCAAACCCUGCGCCGAUGGCGGUGACUGCUCCGAAGAGGAAGCGGCCGCGUCCUGUGAAAUUCGAAGAUGAGAGCUCAACGAGCCCCGUAAGCUCAACUGCCAACGCUAGUGUUCCGCCGGCUUCAGCGACGAAGCCGGAUUCGCAGGUCGUGGUCAAAACUGAAUCUUCAUCUCCGAGAACCGAGAAAACCAUGGCUUCUCCGAUGAACGACAACGCUGGUGGUUUGCUUGACCAUGGCCUUCCUCAGGUCGCACCCUCGGUAACGUCAGCUGAUCGCCUGCAGGAGUCUUCAAAGCCGGACGCCGAUUCGGUUGCAGACUCUGCUGGUCGGGACCGGAUGGUGGUGACAGACGAAAACGUUCCUCUUGUAAAACAGCCAGCUUUGGAUGUUAAUCUUGACGAUGUCCCGGAGAAAGACGAUCCGGUUACUGAGAAUCGAAAGGAGGAAAAGUUCAGCAUAGAUCUGAUGGCUCCUCCUCCUGGAAAAUUAUCACCGGAAAGGGAUGGAUUUCCAGAUCUUUCGUCCGACUCCAAGCCUGUGGACUCGGAGAUGAAGUUGAAAAUGGAACUCUCCGGUAGACAAGAGGAGAAGAGGGAGGUGAAGCCGGAAUCGACGGAAAUGCUUCAUGCGGGCAGGAAGGAGAGGACUCUUGAUCUGCAGUUAGACCUUGACAAGCAUGGUAAGGAAGUCGCAAGCUCUAGCAAGCAACAAGGUCAGAAGCAGCAGACGAAGCCUUCUGGGAAGUUGGAGGCCAAGCCUGACAGCAAGCCUGUGGCCAAUGCCAAUGCCAGUGGCUCGGUGCCCGUGCCAUUGCAAGUUGGAACCUGGCCGAGUAAUGUUCCUCCAUUUGGAUACAUGGGUCAUGUGCCUCCCUUGCCAGCAGUUCUUCCGAUUGAUGGGAGUUCUGGCUCAUCAAAGACCAUGCAGGCUCCAAAUUUCGCAUCCGGACAAUCCCGGCCAAGUCGAUGUGUGACACAUUGCUACAUCGCCAAGAACAUUUUUUAUCACCAGCAAAUUGCAAAGAUGAAUCCGUUCUGGCCUGCGGCAGCUGGCACAGUGCCUUUGUAUGGUGCUAAACCUUAUAACCUCAACGCAAUUCCGCCAUCAGAAUCUACUUCCAUCCCCGCCAACUCUCUGCAGGCGAAUUUCCCAGGGAGAAACUCUGGUGCCUUGCCUGACAAGGGUUCCCAUCCUUCCCGUGAGAAGAGCUCGACAGCAGCCAAUACGCAAAUUGACUCUGCCCAGAGAAAGCAGCAUCCGAUGCAGCAGUUGACCCCGCCUGCAUCGGUAAAUAAUCUACUCCAUGGUCCGGCCUUCAUUUUCUCGUUGAACCAACAAGCUGCUGGAGCAGCUGCUUCUGUCAUCAGAUCUGCUGCUCCAAAAUCUACACCUGGGAUUGCCAGUGCGGCAUCAUCUUCAAGCACUGCAAACUUCGGGGUUGCAAAUUCUGGAUCUGGCGGACCAGCAGCUACUGUGAACUUUAAUUAUGCAAUGCCAGUGAAUGAAGCUCAUUACCUUGCCAUUCUUCAGAACAAUGCCUACCCAUUCCAAAUUCCUGGUGCUGUUGGCACGCCCCCUUCCUACCGUGGUGGAGCUCCAGUCCAAGCGUUACCCUUCUUCAAUGGGUCCUUCUACUCCUCUCAAAUGCUUCAUCCCUCCCAGCUCCAGCAACAACCACCGCCUCAGCAGGCCUCUCAUACACAGCAUGGACACCAGAAUCAAAGCACAUCCAGUGGUUCAUCAUCCUCACAGAAGCACCAUCCUCAGCAACCGCAGCAGCGGGUGACAGCUGGAGCUGCAGCUCCUUCUACAGCAGGGUUGAGUACUCCAAGUCAUCCUAGUUCCAAACCUAAGCAGCACCUUCUACCACAUCAAUCCCGUCACCUAGAGGGUGAGACUGGCUGUGAAGACAGCCCUUCUACUGCUGACAGCCGGACUUCACAAGCUGGUCAGAAGGCAGUGCCUGGGCAGAACUUCGCCAUGCCUAUUCAUCCUCCAAAUUUUGCUCUUAUUUCACCUGCUGCUGCAGCAUUAGGUGGCAGUGUGACUCACACUGAUAAGCAGUCAUCACAGCAACCACCCUUGAAAGUUGAGCUUAAUCCGUCUCAAACUUUUGGGAUGUCAUUCACCUCUUUGGGCGGUAAUGCAGUUGCUGCUGGUGCUCCUCCAUGUCUGGAUUUCUCUUCUUUGGCACAAAAUCAUGCCAUCUUCCAAAGCCUACCUGAGGCUGCCAGGCAUGGCUACCAGAUCAAUGCUGCGGCUGCAGUUGCUUCUGCCCAAGCUGCCCAACAUCUGAAGAAAUCACCGCAAAUGCUAGAAGAGAGGAGAACUGGUGGGGAAUCAACCAGUGCAAUGGUUGGUGUGGAAGAGGAUAGGAAGGCCCUGGCUACUUCCAAGGUUAUGAAUGUUCCACAGCAGUCACUCAGUUUCUCUCGACCAGAUAACAAUUCCUCAAUGCCCUCCAUUCUUGGCAACAGUGUCAUUGACAAUUCCCGGACACUGACCCUCAUCUCUACUAAUGUCAAUGGUGGUGGAAUUUCACAUCGGGUAUCGAAUUCUGUUCUUUCAUCUCCACCUGCCACUGGUGCUGGUGGUUCUCAGCCUUGUCAGCAGCAGCAGGCGUUCAUAAAUAUUCAGAAACAACAGCAGCUACAGCACCAUCUGGCUUCUCGCACCAAGUCUCUUUCAUCCAGCAAUAACACUGGCAUAUACUCAGAACGGAUGCCUUCAGGAUCAGCUGUGUCCAAAUUCCCACCAGCCUUGGCGGGAUUCCCUCAAGCUCUUAUGCAAAGCAGUAGCGCUUCUCAUUCCGCCCAAUGGAAAGGCUCCACAAAAUCAACUACAAAUGCGGCUUCUUCCUCGCACCCUGCCCAAUCUUCAGUGAAAACCAGUAUUUCCCAGCAACAAUCCCGGAUUUCGCAGCAGUCUGUUACCCCUCAAGUUCAUCAAACUCAGAUAUCUUUUGGGGUGAACUCCCCCAAAAUGGCAGCGCCAGCUGGGCAGCAACUCACUGGAGGAAAUAGUAUGUCUUCUUUGUCAUCUGCUCCCACUAGUAUUAUGGUUGGGUCACCUCAAAACUCCGCGGCUUCUAAAGGCAGUGCUGGUGGUAGCCCCAGAGCCUCUGCAAAUGCGAAAUCUGGACCACAAAUGCCCACCACCAGUCUUCCCCUUGCCCAACAGGCCUCAUCCAAGGGCUCUCCAUCAAGUUCGAGCAGGAAGUCUUCUCCAGUGAGUAACAGGAAUGUGCCUUCUAUUCUUGGUCAACCUCAUAUCAGCUCUUCCCAAAGCUCGAGCACAAACAAACAUCAACAUCAGCCACCGCAUCAGAAACAGCCCUACCCCCAACCUCAGCUCUUUUUCAACAACACCUACAUGCCAACACAGUCUUCGCAGUCGAAUGCAUCAGCCGCUGCCGCUGCUGCUGCUGCUGCUUCGGCAGCUGUGGCUGCUUCCUACUAUCAUAGACGACCGUCAGAACAGCAGCCUGUGCAGGGGCCAAACUUGGUUGCGUCUUCCACCGGAAUGCUCUCACUCUGCCCAUCUACAUUGUCAUUAAUUGGCUCCCCGGUGACUGUAGAUCCCACAAAGGCUGUGGCUGCUGCUACAAAUAUGAAGGGGCUGCAGCAAGCAGGGCUCUUGCAGCACCCUGGGGCUGCUUCAUUCCCUUACAUUCAUGGCAUGCCUUCAGUUUCCAUCAAGCCUGCUGAACAGAAACCUGCUGCGGGUAAUGAUAAUUUAAAUGCCUCAUGGCAGGCUGAGAGGAGAUGACAAUGGUGGGAAACCAGUGUUGUUCUUCCAUGCACUGCUGCAUUGGUUGUACGGGCGCAAAAUCUUGACUAUCAGCAAGCUUUGUCAACACAGGUUGAAAACCCACCACCCUGAGCUAGACGAUUUUGAGGAAGAACACAAGGAACGGUGUCUUAAGUCGUUCCCUCUGUCUUCCUUUAUUGGUUGUUGUUGCUUGUGCAUGCAUGCUGGAUGAUGUUGUACAGGCGCUGGAAGUUGGGAUCAAGAAGACGGUGAUACAAGAUGGACUGAAAACAAGAAGAACAAGAAGACGGUGUUGUUCCAUGUUUCUGUGACGGUGAGCUGCUGCCUGCUGCCUGCUGCCUGCUGCUCUCGGACUCACUACUCAGCCUGGUAAUAAAUUGCCUGGUGUCUUCCUUAGUCUCAUUCUCUCUAGUCUCUCUAAUCUUUUACUCUUUCCAAUGACUAAAGUUAACACUGGCUUACAAGUAUCACAGAACAUGCUCUGGCAGUCUGGUUUUAAGGAUGUAGAGAGACAGAGUGGGAGAGAGCUUUUGUCUGAGUCACUGACCUUUUGUGUAUGCUUUUGC